AUGGCCGGUCUACUAGCGUGGGCGGCGGACGUCGUCGGAGGCGGUGGCAGCGGGCGGAGCGACGACGAGAACGAUCCAGAUUCAAUCCCUCUCAUUUUCACUCCCGAGCAGCUCGCCUACGCCCAAGAGCUCGAUCGCAAAUCGGCUUCUCUCAACCGUUCGAUCCAAGAUCUGCGGCUGAGAUUGCCCCCGCCCGACAUCUCCCAGCGCCUCCCUGACCUCCACGCUCACUCGCUCGCCUCCAACAAUGCUCUAGCCCUUCAACUCAACGCUCAUUCAGCUACCAAGCAACAGACGCAGCUGAGGGAAAUUAGGUUGCAGGAAGAAAAUGCAGAGUAUCAAAAGGCUAUAUCAAAUUGCGAAACGAAAAUUCAGGAGAAGCUGCAGGAAGCAUAUUUGCUUCGAAGUAAGCUAAAGGAAUUGGAUUCGAUCGAGGAAAGCCUGAAAGCUGAGCUGCAAAAAGCAGAAGCUUCCAUGAAUUCCAGUCUUUCGGGAGAGUCAAACGAGUCGUCUCAUGAAUCCAAGUCAGCAGUCGAAGCUCAGGAGGCGGAAGCUUCUAAAUCUGCAUUGAUGGAGGAGUUAGAAAACAAGAAAAAGGAACUGGCUUCGAUCGAGAGGACAGUUCAAGAAUUGGAGAAAAAGUGGCAACAAGUCCAAGAUAAUGCAAUGAAACAGCCGACACCAGCACAGCGGGAGAAAAUAUUGGAUAAACAACUUCAUAGCUCAAUCGAACAACUUGCAGCAAAGCAGUCUCAAGCAGAAGGUCUCAUAAGUGAAAUCCGCGUUAAGGAGCUGGAGCUGGAAAAGUUAAACGGGAUAUGGAGAAGAAUUGAAAACGGCAGUUCGGACAUGAAUAUGGCCAGAAUUAGAACCGGAAAAAGUGCAUCUUCUUUACAUUCUGAUUAUUCUGUUGAUUCUCAUUACAAGCUUCCUCUUCAUACAGCUGUUAGGAACGAGAGUUUGCAGAGGUUGAUGCUGCUCAGGUCGGCUUUCGUGCUCUACAUUUUAGUUCUGCAUGUAUUGGUAUUCGUCAAGAUUUCAUUUUAA